AUGGCACCUUCUCGCAAAUCGACUUGGUCGACCGGCGCCGCUCUGGUUCUCGGCUCUUUGAUGUUCUACUUCCUGACGAGCUUGGUUGGAUCUGGUGCACACUCGAAAAGCUCUGCUUUGUCAAAAGCUUCUCUACCCAACACAGAUGCAGUCUUGUACGUUCAUUACGACGGCAGUGCGACUGGUCGACGCAACCUGCAGUUCUUCAUUGAUCAUGCAUUACACAGCAAUGCAGACUUCUACUUCAUCAUCAAUGGCUACAACGUGACUGCAAUGAUCCCAGAAGCCAGCAAUAUUCAUGUCAUCAAGCGUGAAAACGCAUGCUUUGAUCUUGGCUCCAUUGGCGAAGUUGUUCAAGCAAAUGACGGCGACAUGAUGAAAAAGUACAAGCGGUUCAUCUGCCUCAACUCGAGUAUACGUGGUCCCUUUUUCCCAAAUUACGCCAGACUUGCAAAGCAAGCAUGCUGGACACAGAAGCUGUUCGAGCUCCUGAGCGACACUACGAAAUUGGUUGAGCUAACGGCGAAUUGUGGCGACCCUGAUUACGGACCAAAACAUCUUCAGUCCUUUGCGCUCGCAACAGAUCAAAUUGGGUUUGCUUCACCGACAAAGUGGACGCCAUCAAGCACGGAGAGACUGCGCUCACACAGAGUGUUCGAGAUGCAGGAUAUGACGCUGUUCCCCUGUAUUCUGCCUAUGCAGAUGGCGGUCGCUCCAGCAAAUCAAACUCUGAGUUCUGGGAGAGCUUACUUUGGCAUGGAUGUACAUCCUUUUGACACCAUAUUCACCAAGGUCUGGCGAGGCGACCGGGGCACGGCGCCACUGUCUCCCUUAGGUAUGAAGGCAUUGGAUCAGUUGACCAAAUGGACAGAUGAAAGCAGUUUCUCCAGCUAUGACCAGUGCUGA